CCCCUUUUCUUUUCAUUCUUGUUAUUCUUCACACUUAUGGCUUCUUUAAUUCCUAUCACUAGUCCUGAUGCUCCUCAAGCUCUUGGUCCCUAUUCUCAUGCUGUCCUGGUGAAUGGUAUACUCUAUACUUCUGGUCAAAUUGGACUUGAACCUGCUACUGGUAACCUUGUUACUGGUGGUAUUGUUGAACAAACGAAACAAAGUUUGCUCAAUCUUCGUGGUGUUGUCGAAUCAGGUGGUUCUAAAUUCGACAAUGUGAUCAAGACUACCGUGUUUUUGAAGGACAUGAAUGACUUUGCUGCCAUGAAUGGAAUGUAUGAACAAUUCUUUGGUGAACAUAAACCUGCUAGAAGCUGUGUUGAAGUCGCUCGUCUUCCUAAAGAUGUCUUGGUGGAAAUUGAAUGUAUUGCCUUGGCAGGCGUAACAGCUUAGUUGAAUGACAAUGAAAAUAAAAACGAUAUUCUUUGUCCAUUACUGUUUUAUUGGUUGAUGGUUGAUGUUAGGGAAUGAUGUUUGUAGGAAGACUAUAUGAAGGCUGAAACGGUGAUACCAUUCCGAUGCACAUCCGUGAGAGUAACAUCAGUGUCUGUGUAUUGGCGUUUUAUUAUUUUUAGUUUUGGACUACCGUCA